AUGAACACGCCUGCCGCCUCUCCGUUCCUGCGCCUGCCCGCAGAGCUGCGUGUCCAGAUCUACGGUUACUUGCUGCCGUCCACUGCCCGUGUCCCCUACAAGCACGACCACGGGCUCAUAUGGCUGCGCGGCUGCACGUCUCUCCUGGCUGCGAACCGCCAGAUAUCCGAAGAGUGUCUCGAGCUGCUCUACGGCCAGAACAUCUUCGUCAUCGAGGUCAGCUACAACCGGAUCGACUUCCGCUUCAGAUGGCUGCUGCCCGCUAGUGGCCUCACUCCGAACACUUCGUACUCUUUUCUCGAUCAUUUUUCUCAGCGGAACCUCCAGCGCAUCCGGAAAUACCUGUUACAUGUAGAGCUCGUCGACAGCUACACGGGAAUGAUCAAAUACAAUUGCGGUGGCAGUGGGCUGUACGCAGGCCUCAGAGAACAGGUCCGCCGUUUAGUCGAGGUCCUGAGAUGUGCAGGAGAGCUGCGCGACGUCGAGGUCUGCUUCGUGGAUGGGCAGAAGAAUGCCGUCGCGUCCCAGGUCGUGCUGGAGCCGCUGCUCCUGCUCAGGGGCGUGCAGCACGCCGUUAUUUCAGGAGGUGUGACACCAGACUUUGCAAACUACCUGCAGCGAAAGAUGAAGGAAGUCGGUGAAGGGCCGGCAAUGACGCACCGGCCGCGCAUACCAUUCAUGCCUGAACAGCGUCGUUCAGCGCCUCCGCUACUUGAGAAAAUACUGCUAGCCAGCUGA